AAGGGCGUUCCAGAUGUCCACGGUCCGCUCCUCUUACUGCUCCUGGGCGUUAUAAAUAGUAAAGGUUAAUUAGUUAGCUGGGAAAUUGGAUCGGGGGCGGGCGGCUAGAACUUGAUCCACGGACAGGUAACUCAAGCAAUCCCCCUUUGUCGCUGCAAUCAGACCUAUAUAAAUCCGCCUUGACGGACAGCAGUCACCACAUAGCCUUACCUCUCCAGCUGGAUCACCGACCGGGCGACAUCCCCACCUGACACGGAAUACAAUGGCGCUCUCAUCUAUCCUUUCCGCUGAUGCCAUCGACAGUGCUAUCAAGGACUGCCAAGCACCAGACUCCUUCACUCCCAGGAAGUUUUUCCAGCUGUGUGGCCUCACCAGGAAGAGCCCCCAGGAUGUGAAGAAGGUUUUUGGGAUCCUGGACAACGACGCCAGCGGCUUCAUUGAGGAGAAUGAGCUCAAGUUUUUUCUCCAGAGGUUUUCUCCUGGGGCUCGAGUUCUGACGGACACGGAGACCAAGGACUUCCUGUGCGCUGCCGAUGACGACAGCGAUGGCCGGAUUGGAGCAGAAGAGUUCCAGGCCAUGGUCUUGUCCUAAACAGCUGGACUCCACCCCCCGACUUUAUCUGACCCCAGUCCCGCCCCCUUCCCCACUCCACUGCUUCAGGG